AAAUUCAGCUUGACUGAACAUUAUAUGUCAAAUUUAACAAAAGAGCCUGCUGAUUCAGAUGAAGCCAGUUUUGUUAUUCAACAUUUAUUAAUAUGUUCCCAAAUCACUUCAGAUGUGUCCUGUAAUUCCUAUAUUUUAAACAGAUAAUGCAUGAUAGUGAUUUCACUCCUGAAGCUCAUUUCUAAUUGGUGACUAACUGACGGUGUUACGACACUGUUUUCGUUUCCAACAGUCCCAAAAUCAAUCGGAGAACAGCACUGGUGUCUCCUACCUCCACAUUUUGCGCUCUCUGUCCAUUUGUUGGAAGCAAUGUAUAAAAUCCCCCUUUACUUUCCUCAGGAGUGUCAGUCAAUGCACGUGCGCUAGGUGUCAAUCAAAGCGGCGGCUUCUCUUUCAUCUCUACUGUCAGUCAGAGAUCAGGGGGAGGAGUACAGCACUACUCUCUCUCCAGCCCAACAUUACUCUCAGUCUCUGCUGAGCGCAUUUCUGAAGAGGGACACCUUUUUACCCAAGAAAGCAAACGGGAAUGACACACAGCAUCUGAACUCCAGCACUUUUUUUUUUUUUGAACAGUCAGAACUGUCCUACGUUCAACUUACACUUCUAACGUUUGCCUUUAAGAACACCGCAGGAGUCGUACUUUAACUUUUUAAAACACCCAGCGUCUACAUUGCGUUUCCCCUCUGGAUUCUCGAGUGUUGCCGUAGCAAGAGUGUUUGGAGUGCACCGGCUGAAAUUAUACAGGGGGGUUUCUGUCUAACGUCUUCGCUUUCCGGGCGUUUGUAGGGUGAGGAGGACUUUCAAUCACCCGAGAAAUGCCGCAGUUGUCAGGCGGAGGAGGCGGCGGGGAUCCGGAGCUCUGUGCCACCGAUGAAAUGAUCCCGUUCAAAGACGAGGGAGACCCGCAGAAGGAGCAGAUCUUCGCGGAGAUCAUCCACUCUGAGGAGGAGGGAGACUUAGCAGAGAUCAAGUCAUCUCUGGUCAACGAGACAGAAAUCAGCCCCAACAGUAACAAUCACGACGCAGCUAGACUGUCCCAAAUAACACCAGACUCUUAUCAUGAGAAGCACAUGGACCAUCUGGAUGAUGGCAAGCAUCAAGACAUGUACAGCAAAGGCCACCCGUACCCCAGUUACCCAGGAUACAUCAUGAUGACCAAUAUGAACAAUGAAUCCUACAUGAACAACGGCUCUCUCUCGCCUCCCAUUCCCAGAAUGUCAAAUAAGGUGCCGGUGGUCCAGCCGUCCCAUGCCGUUCACCCCCUCACCCCUCUGAUCACAUACAGCGACGAGCACUUCGCCCCUGGCCCACACUCGGGACACCACCCACAGGACAUCAACUCCAAGCAAGGUAUGCCCAGGCAUCAUCCUGGAUCCAGAAGAAUUGGGAAGACGUUCUCUCAUCACAUGGUACCAGGCCCUCCUGGACCCCAUGUCACGGGAAUCCCCCAUCCCGCCAUUGUCAACCCACAGGUGAAACACGAACCACAUCACGACUCAGACCUGAUGCACAUGAAACCUCAUCACGAGCAGAGAAAGGAGCAGGAGCCCAAAAGACCUCACAUUAAGAAACCUCUAAACGCUUUCAUGCUGUAUAUGAAAGAGAUGCGUGCCAAUGUGGUGGCCGAAUGCACGUUGAAGGAGAGCGCCGCGAUCAAUCAGAUCCUCGGGCGGAGGUGGCAUGCUUUAUCUCGGGAAGAGCAAGCUAAGUAUUACGAAUUAGCCCGCAAGGAACGGCAGCUCCAUAUGCAGCUUUACCCAGGAUGGUCUGCCAGAGACAAUUAUGGGAAAAAAAAGAAGCGGAAGAGGGAAAAGAUCCAGGAACCUGCUUCAGGUACAGGCCAGAGAAUGAAAACGGCGUACAUCUGAACAAUGGUAAGA